AUGGCUGGCCGGCGUAAUCGUAGCCGCCGCCGCCGCCUCCGCGCUAAUCUGGGUUCGGGGAACUCGGAAUCCUCGUCUCCUCAGUCUUCAGGUUCCUCCUACGAUCGCGCCGCCCAGUGCAAAACCCCUCUUCCCAAUAGGCAGCAGCAGGUCACCGAGAAGAAGCCUGACCUACCGAGGACGACACGAGAUGCUCGAGCCGUGCGUCCGUUCCUGCUGGGUCUCAUCUGCGGAUACUACAUCGACGCCAUCUCCCGGCUGCCCGCCGCCGAGCUCCGGACCACCCUCGCGCGCGGCCUCCUUGUCGGCGGGCACUGCUACGGUCCACUCCACCCCGUCCACAAUAUCAUCCUCAAUUCCGUCUGGUACGCCGCCGCCUUCCCCUUCCGCGCCGACCCCAUCCAUGUCGACGCCGUCAGCACCGAGGGUAACUGCUAUGCUUGUACGAGGAGAAAGACAAAAAUGGAUCAUCCAAAAGGUGAGGAGCACUUCGGAGGGCAUCCGCACAAGACAGGUGAAAGUGAAACAGAGGAUGACCGUGAUUGCCCAACAUUGAUUGACCUUGUGAAGUGGUUUGCUGAUAGGAUAGAUUGUGCCGCCCAAAGCUGUGGCUUGUCCCAAAUCCCGCUCUGCUGA